AUGAAGUACGUUAUGCUAUUUCUUGCUUGCGUUUCAUAUGUUUUAUCAGCAAAAAGAAACUGUACCGAAUUUAAUCCAAAACCUUGCUACACCGAAGAACAGUGCAAAGUUGCUAUUUGUACCGAACCUACCACAUGUCCAAGAGAUGAGGUCUUGAAGAAACUACCCUGCAAAUGUUGUCGAGAAUGCGUUCCAACAGAUUGUCAGGUUGACUGUGCAGCUGUUCAAUGUUCAAAGCCAAUUUGUCCUCGUGGUCAGCUUCCUACAUCGGUUCCUUGUCAGUGUUGUCCUCAGUGUUUACCAGCAACUGAGCCAAACUGCAAAUCGGUGAAAUGUCCUCAAAUAAAAUGUCGCAAAUGGGAGAUUGAAGUUAAACUUGAUUGUUACUGUUGUCCAUUUUGUAGUCCUAUUCUUCCGUAA